GAGAAACCCUUUGAAUGUCCUAUCUGUGGGAAAAGUUUUAGUGAUAAUUCCAACCUAGUGGUACACCAGAGGGCUCAUACGGGAGACAAACCCUUUGAAUGUCGUUAUUGUGGGAAACAUUACAGUCAGAAUUCCCAACUGGUGAUACACCAGAGGGCUCAUACAGGAGAGAAACCCUUUGAAUGUCCUCUCUGUGGAAAAAGUUUUAGUGCUAAUUCCAACCUAGUGAAACACCAGAGGACUCAUACAGGAGAGAAACCCUUUGAAUGUCCUAUCUGUGGGAAAAGUUUUAGUGCUAAUUCCAACCUAGUGAAACACCAGAGGACUCACACAGGAGAGAAACCCUCUGAAUGUCCUACUUGUGGGAAAAGUUUUAGUUGUAAUUCCUCACUGUUGGUACACCAGAGGGCUCAUACAGGAGAGAAACCCUUUGAAUGUCCUACUUGUGGGAAAAGUUUUAGUUGUAAUUCCACACUGGUGGUACACCAGAGGGCUCUUACAGGAGACAAACCCUUUGAAUGUCCUACUUGUGGGAAACGUUUUAGUUGUAAUUCCACACUGGUGGUACACCAGAGGGCUCAUACAGGAGACAAACCCUCUGAAUGUCCUACUUGUGGGAAACGUUUUAGUUGUAAAUCCUCACUGUUGGUACACCAGAGGGCUCAUACAGGAGAGAAACCCUUUGAAUGUCCUACUUGUGGGAAAAGUUUUAGUUGUAAUUCCACACUGGUGGUACACCAGAGGGCUCAUACAGGAGAGAAACCCUUUGAAUGUCCUACUUGUGGGAAAAGUUUUAGUUGUAAUUCCACACUGGUGAUACACCAGAGGGCUCAUACAGGAGACAAACCCUUUGAAUGUCCUUAUUGUGGGAAACAUUACAGUCAGAAUUCCCACCUGGUGAUACACCAGAGGACUCAUACAGGAGAGAAACCCUUUGAAUGUCCUAUUUGUGGGAAAAGUUUUAGUAAUAAUUCAAGCCUGGUGAAACACCAGUUGAUUCACACAGGAGAGAAACCCUUUGAAUGUCCUAUCUGUGGGAAAAGUUUUAGUGCUAAUUCCAACCUACUGAAACACCAGAGGAUUCACACAGGAGAGAAACCCUCUGAAUGUCCUACUUGUGGGAAAAGUUUUAGUUCUAAUUCCUCACUAUUGGUACACCAGAGGGCUCAUACGGGAGACAAACCCUUUGAAUGUCCUAUUUGUGGGAAACAUUACAGUCAGAAAUCCCACCUGGUGAUACACCAGAGGACUCAUACAGGAGAGAAACCCUUUGAAUGUCCUAUCUGUGGGAAAAGUUUUAGUGCUAAUUCCAACCUAGUGAAACACCAGAGGACUCACACAGGAGAGAAACCCUUUGAAUGUCCUACUUGUGGGAAAAGUUUUACUUAUAAUUCCCAACUGGUGAUACACCAGAGGGCUCAUACAGGAGAGAAACACUUUGAAUGUCCUACUUGUGGGAAAAGUUUUAGUUGUAAUUCCACACUGGUGGUACACCAGAGGACUCAUACGGGAGAGAAACCCUUUGAAUGUCCUAUUUGUGGGAAAAGUUUUAGUAAUAAUUCAAGCCUGGUGAAACACCAGUGGAUUCACACAGGAGAGAAACCCUUU